AUGCCACAGAAUAUAACAGUUAAUACGUCUACCCCUCUGGUUUUGAAUUGUGAUGCGACGGGUUUUCCUGAACCUAAGAUAAGAUGGGAAAAAUCUGGGAUUCAUUUGUGUGGCACCAAACAGCUGAAAAUCUCCAGUAUUAACACGAACGAUGCUGGAGAAUAUAUUUGUAUCGCAAGCAAUGGAGUAAGACAGGAAAAGACAGUAAGAGCUUAUGUCACCGUGCAAUGUAAGUCUCUUUUUCAGCAUUUCAUAAAACGCUGCUACUGCUGCUGAAUCUAUGAUACAUUCCAACCUAUAUUUAACAGCACCAUAUUAAAUGGUCACCCUAAAUGUAGUUUUCAAAGUACCUUUUUUUUUCCUUAAAUUGAUGCAAUUUUGAAAAAAAAGAAAAAUUGUGUAUACUUUCAAACUGCAACAUUUUAGAAAACCAGUAUAUUCAUAUAAACAUGUAUAAAUUUUACCAAAACAUACCCAAAAAGACAACAAACUCAAAGUCAAUAUCCAAGAAAAAACCCUUUCAAAUUCAAAAUUUCCCCAACCUCACCCAACUCUUAGCCAAAAUGAUCUGGUCUUCUAGGAGGGAUGCUACAAAGCAUGGCUUCUGACUAUGAAUUGAUGGACAAAGACGAAACCAAUCCAGCCUAAUAAGAACUCAACUCAAAAAGAAAUUUCCCCCUGGGCUUUCCAUACAACUAACAUUUGCAUCUCACCCUAGAAGAGGGUGGUGGUUGAGCUGUAUGCUAAGGUUAAGCCCCCUGCAUUUUCUUUAGCAAGGCUAGCUUGAAGGUGUACAUUGAAAACCUAGUCAUCAGGUUUUUUGCACCCCUUCCUAAGCCUGCUGAUUUGGACUUUCAACCACCCUCCAAUCACAGAGUGUUCAUCCACUAGCUGAGCUUUAGCAGGGGAUAAACCGAGUGUCAAUCUUGUAACAUACAUGUUGUAAGCAUGUUGGAAAUCCAAUCAAAUAUAUACAUAUAUGUAUAUAUAUAUAUCUAUGUUCAUACAGUUCAAAGUGACUAAAAUGAAACACGCAUGAUUCCCUGUAAAUUUGAGUUUCGUGCUCACGCACUCGUCAGACAGAUUUAAUGGCGUCUGACGAGUCUAAUGUCUGACGAGUGCGUAAGCACGAAACUCAGUGUUACAGGGAAUCAUGCGUGUUUCAUUUUAGUCAUUUUGAACUGUAUUUCGCUCUACACUCAUGUGUAUUGAGCACUUUCCAACAGCAUUCGCUACUAUUUCCCACAAUUAUAUAUGUACACACAUACAUAAUUAUCUUGUUAGACGUUUUGGUCUGUAGUUUUACGCGUUGUGCCAUGUUUUGACAAGCGUGAAGGGCAGGUUAAGUAAAAAUACUCAUCGAUUCUACACACCAAAACAUCUAGUCAGUAAUUUAUUAUGCAACUGUUUUAUUUUAUGUACAUUUCUUAUCAGGUAGGAAAAGCUUAGCAGAUAGAGAAGCAUAGGAAGCAUAACCGACCAGUUGAACAGGUUUCAUUACUGUACAAAACAAAAAGCUUUCUGACAAUGGCGAGAUUUUUAAACUCGAUUUGUGCAUUAUUUGUACUCUAAGCGCAGUGGGAUAGUAAAUAUAUGUUUUUCACCAGCCGGGAGUUCCCAUUGGGAAGUCUUUAGUACCACCAUCGGCCAGGGCAGCACUCAAAAUAGAGACACCAGACACGGUUUUUCCCAAUUCAGACCGACCUAAGCUAGUGAAUAACAUUUUAAUUUUUCUUGAAGUGAAAAAGAUGCUUGCCAAAAGAACCCGAAUUAUUGAGGGCUGUAAUUACGGAAAGAUCUUCCAUAAACUGAAAAAUCUUUUAGCAGGUUAAUGGGAGUUAAAACAGAUGUAAUGCAAAUUGGAGAGAAAGGCUUCGCUCUUUUCACAAUAGAACCAAAUUCAUGAAGUUUGUUUGCAUCACACUUAAGCGGUCCGUAAUUUCUUAAAAGUUUGACGGGAAAAUAUUGUCAAAAUCAAAUUACCGCGUCAGAAUUCUUGUAAACAUGAACACCUUUGGCUCAACUUCAAUUUAUUUUACGGAAAGCCCAUUACCCUAGUUCUUAUGAUAAAUGCCCUCUUUUACGUUCCUCUCGCUGUUUUCAUGCCCAUUUUUUUCAUGUCGUUUCUCGUUUUUUUAUGUUUUUCCGAUUCGCGCGCACCUAUUACUACUUCUCUCCUUUUCCUGGCUACUUUCACUUACAUCCGGUCACCACAAACAAAUUAAAAUUAUAUCUUCCAGUAGACAUAGCUUAAACUAUGAGUGUUGUUGCUUGCAAGUAUCUUGAUUAGAAUUGCAAAAUACUUAUAAUCAGGUUUUUUCUUAUUUUUAAUAAUCAGUACUAUUUUGGUCGUACGAUCAAAUUUCCCGGCUUGAUUGGUUACUGUUACUGCUAUAGUAACUACUAUUGAAUCAAUGAAAGUCCCAUUGACAAGUUUAAUUUUUCUACCAAAAAUUUAUUUCUAAACCAAUAUUUUUCUGGCGUUUAAAGCGAUUUGGGAAAGAGAGAGAAAAGAGAGGAUUAAUAAGUCAUUUAGCAGCUUUACGUCGCGACCCGUUUUUCCUUAAAAAACAAUGCACAGCCAGCAAAACCAGAUUUAUUUAUGAAGAAUGGUAACGAAGGUACGGAUGACUCUGCGACUCACGGAAGUGUUACCGUGCCAGUGGGAAGAGAUAGGAAAAUUCGAACCGCGCUAAGUUCCCAUUGGAUUGCAGGAUUCGUCACUCUGCCCUCUGAGAAAAAAAAUGAAUACAACUCAUACUAGCUAGUUGCAAAGAAAUUUUUCCUAGCCCUGAAGAGGCGAGAAAAAAAUAUGAGCAAUGAGCAAAUUUCAGCCCGUAUUUUAUGUUCAAACCAUCGAAUAACGAACUUUUUAUUCCAUUAUCAUUUUCAGGUUUUAGUAUUUUAAUUUUAGUAUAGGAAUUACAUCCUACAGCCUUAUCUGUGCAACGUAUCGAUCACAUAAGGUGUAUGCGAGAGACGAAAACAACUUGAACUAAACCCUUGAGGGUUCUUUGUGGUCUUUCCUCCUUUAAAGUUCGCUUCUUUAACAGUCAAAUUUAAAAAGUAGACCAAAAAAGUUAAACUUUGGAUAGUUCAGUGCGGCCAAUAUUCUGCUACGUAUUUUUGCCUUGUUUUAGUAUAUGUGGCAUAUUAUGCUAUUAAUGACACAUUAGUGGAAUGAUAAGGCUCGUCAAUGUUCUGAUCGAUACGAAGUAUCACUAAUUAUUUAUUCAAUUGCUCAUUACAUUUUUAUUUAUUCUUAGACCCGCCCACAAUUCAAAAUGUGACCACGUCAUCUAAGAAGUCUUGGAUUGGCCAGACAGUGACUUUGAAGUGUCUUUCUGAUGGUGUUCUUACACCAACACUCUCUUGGUACAAACCUGAAGGAAGUGAAAUAAGCAGAGUCACAGCCAGAGAAAACGAAGUACAAGUGCCACUCAGGGGUGAUGAAGAUUUUGGUCAUUACAAGUGCAUUGCUGCCAAUGGACUUAUUCCAUCCGAUGAGAAAUUAAUAACGAUAAAUCAGAUAAGUAAGUAAAAAUUAUCAGUGUGUUGUGAUUAGAAGAAAACUAGACAGCAUUUUAUUUUGCGUUUACUCAUUAUCACUGUUUCAGGUGCAGUAGAAGUAAAAGCCACAUUUUCUUACAAAGUACUCAACAGAGUAGCUCAUUCCCUAUGUACAUCUCAUCCGAUAGUUUAACAUAUACCUUUGCUUGGUUCUUCUGUUGCUACUUGCCGGCUCGCUUGUUCCGAAAUUUCACUUUCAAUUAUCGGAAAAAAGUUAAAAAGAAGUCCCGGAAAAGGUCGAACAUAGUACAAUUUGGCAGAUGGCGUGACAGCUUUAGCUCAGCUCUAUGCUCUAUACUCUCAUAGAGCACGCUCUUUCAACCAAUGAUAGCGUGCGUUAUAUGCGAACUUUAUUAUAAUUUAACAUAUAAUGUGUGCGGAUAUUUUGCAAGGCCCAGAGGUGUGUGGAAAAAUAUAAGGACAUGUUAAACCAUCGAAUAAGGGAUUUGUCAUCCUACUAUUCUUUCAUUUCCUAAUUUUGGCCGCUUAGUUUUCAACAUACAUCCUACGGCCUUAUCUGAGCGUUCCGUUCGCAUUUUUCCCCUCUUUAGAAGCGUUAGACCUUCACCUAUUUUUCGCUUUCGUUACGCUAAUGAGGUAUAGCGGCGUAAUAGUGGAAUUAUCCCCAAUGUAUUUUGCGUGAUCUUUUAGUGGGCAAUGCACCCAUAUUUGUUCAAACACGUUUGCAGAAAACUGUCGACACCUUACCCUUGGGUAGCAUUAAACAUGUUUAAACUUAGACUUGUGCCAGUUCUAACAGUGUUAAAAAUGUUAUCUGCUCGCCGUAGAUAGACGACAUCCCCCCAUGCGAGUAUCCAUAACUUCCUCAACCAUGGACUCUUAAUUUUUCCUUUUUUUAUCAGGCUCUUGGCAAAUUUAUCCGGUAGCUUCAUGUAUUUUCAUUAAACUGUGAUAAUGCAAGGACUUGUAUUCAUCCUAAGUAUUGUGACAAAACUCACUAUGAGGUAAUCACCAAAAAAAAAUUUCUUCUUCCUUUUUUUUUUGCUCAAAAUGAUCCCUUUUUUAUGGCACUAUGUAGAGAAACCAGGGAAAGUAUCCAUCAAAUCAUCAGAAUCACUCAUUCAAGCAACUUUGAUAAUAAUACGAUGGAAAGCACCGGCUGAUGAUGGAGGAAGUCCCAUUACAGGAUACCGACUGAUCUUACAAAAGGGUGAAACUGAGAUAGAAAAUAAUGAUAUCACCGACCCUGGGACGAUAACUUAUUCGUUUCGUGGUUUGGAGAAAGAUACCACCUACACGGUGAAACUGUUUUCUAGAAAUUUUGUAUUCGAGGGAGAUCCUACUGUAUGGAAAAUUAGCACCCUAUUUGAAGGUGAGGAAACGCAAAUGAUUUCGUGACUGAGCACUUUACACCAAUCAUUUUUUUGCCAACUUAGAUUUGUGCCAGUUUUAACAAUGUUAUCUACUCGCCGCAGAUUGACGACAUCCUCCCAUGCGAUUAUCGAUAACUUUAUUAAAAGAUUUUAAAUGCUUGCCUACUUCUUAGUGGCCAGUUUCCUUUCCCUCUCUAAUGGUUGUUUGAGAGGUAACUACGUUUUAAGAAGCAGAAUAAUUAAUAAACCACAGGUGAAAGUAGGUGAGAUGAGAAAACCAACUUAACGGAUUCCGUUUCAUACACUACGCUGACCUUUCAUUUCAAAUAACCUUACGUUGGCCCUUUUUCUGUUGUCAAGUAAAAAAGGGUUCGCCACUUUGCUAAGCGUUAUUGUAAUGACGUACAUACUAAGUUGGUUUUUUCAUCUUUUGAAAAAGGGAUAUAUGUUUGGUGUGAAAGACCCUUUGCCUCGUGGGCCCCAUCCCCCGUGCGUGUGUAGUUUACAAGUUUUUAUGUACAGGCUGUAAUGCCUACUAUGUCGGCGAAUCCUCUCGGCAUUUAUCCACACGUGUGCGUGAGCCUUGGUCAGUGAUAAGAACUCUCACAUUUUCAGACAUUUACAAAAUUCUCGACAAUGUCGCACUCUAUGUUCUGAUGAAUGUUUUAGCACCUUAGAUCACGCUUCCACAACUCUCCAACUUAAAAUCAAAGAAGCUAUUCACAUUCAGUGAGGGCAAGCUAAACUUAAUCAUCAACUUUAUCAUGUUAAUUUAAAACUUUCUUUGUAAUUGCAUACAUUGUUCUGUUUCCAUUGUUUGUUUUAUCCAAUCAGGAGUUUGUUAUACACUUUAAAUUCAACUUUGUAUUUUGUAUACAUUAGAACUUCAGACAGCAGAAGAACUGUCGAAACAUUUUUAAAAAAUGUCAUAUAUCUUCUUAAACCAAUUAUCUCUUCUGACAGUCAGGCGAUUUAAUCACUGAUAAUGGUUGUGACCAGAUUUGUAACAAGAAGUUGGAUAAUUAUUACAAAUUUCACAGUAUUUGUGUUGUUGACAUCAAUCUAGGAGCCCCAGAUGUGGUUGAGAUAGACGAACUGCCAAGUGAAACAACAGACAAUAAAAUUACCCUAAAGUGGAAAGAGCCAAAAAGUAAUGGAAAAGUUAUCACCAUGUAUACAGUGUACCUAAGAGUGAUGACUGAUGGGAAAGUGGGACAGUGGACAGAAAUACGGAAAAUCAGAGAUGUCUCUGUGAGAGAAUUGAAAAUAGCGUUGGAGAGAGGAAAGGUGUAUCAGUUUGCCGUUACCGCAACUAAUGAGCUUGGUGAAAGCCUAAAACAAGAGGAAGCAAAUAUGCAG